AUGCCGCAUCAUCAUCAUCAUCAUCAUCAUCAUCCCUACUAUGACUUUGACCAAAUGUCUAGUCUGAUCAAGCGACUCGACGUGAUUGAAAAUGAGGCACCCAGUUUGCUUCAAGCCUUUUACGAGCCUCGAUUGAAGAGUUUCUCUAUCAAACCUGAAAUCGGUAGUCGCAAGAGGGUGUGCGUCACCUCCACCUGUUACGCCCUGGUACAAUUGGCCAUUUCCAAAAUUUAUGACAUUACGAGUGGAUACGGCGCCGUCAUUACCUACGACAAUUCCAUGGAGAGAGGAAAAGGUGACGAAGACAAUGAAAACGUCAAGAUACCAAUCCCCAAGGUCGUGGAUACUUUACUUAGAUGCCCGUUUCGAGAAAGCGAUCUAUUUCAGAUUCCAUUAUUGGCGUAUUCCAUUUUGCAAGUGGACGACGAUCGAUCCAUGAUUCGGUCCGCAGCCAAGUCGGACCCUCAAGUUGCGGCCAAGUUCAAAACCAUGUUGUCCACAGUCUUGAAAGCAGCUCCGGAUCGAAAGCUAGGGUCGAAUCAAGUUCAUUCCGAUUAUGUUCAAUAUCAAGUCUGCAAAUUGAUUGCUCUCCUGCAUGACUACACCAUCAAACAUCAAUCAGACGAUAAUAAUGGUUCCGACGACGGAUAUGGAGGGCUCCCAGAAGAAGUCUUGCCAGACAAUAUCGCCACGGAUGCCUUUUGGGUCCUCCUGAGUUGCGCCGAAGUCAGCUCCAACGAAGUUUGUCGUCAACUAGCCUAUCGGGUGGCCGACGACUUGGGUUCCUUUGAUGUCAUGCGACUGGCGUAUUCCUUGUUGACCUAUGUACGUUCUACCACUAGUCUUUCUGGAAUGUCUGGAAAGGAAAUGGUAGAAGGAGAAGGACCGUCUCCUGAAACCAGAAUACCGCAAUUGAAUCAAAAGCUCGUGGCAGCGGCACUGGCUGCAUUUUUCAAAGAACAAAAUAUUGAUGGGAUGUGGGACAGGGGGCAGCCCAUUUACAAGUCAUUAUCACGAGGCAAGCGACGGGAUAUGGGCAAUGCCUUUGUAUUUCCAGUCAAUAUCGUGGGGAGUUUGCUUCAAAUGCUUCCUGCCGAAGCUUUUCGGCCACAUUUGGCAGCAUUGGAUCGAACGCUGCAGUGGAUUGAAAGUCAUCAGCGAUUUGAGACAGUCGUGAACUAUUGUGAUGAAGAGACUGGAAAUGUCUAUGGCAAGCCAAUGAAGGGAUGGAGUUCACCUCACUUGAAUCCAAGCUCAGGUCCAGAAGCCUGGCCAACUGCUCAAGUAUUGAAGUGUACCUUGUGGAUGAGGCAAACGAUCCGGGAGUUGGUUCAUAAUGACGUCUUGGAAGAAUUCAAUGGGAUUGCCUUUUCGAAACAAAGCGACAAGAAUGGUGACGAUUGGGAUACACUGUUGGAUGCAGAUCUAGGCGGUACUAGCCCAACCAGCGAUGAAAAUAUGGAUUCGUACGAUCUAGGUGGUUCUAGUCCAACCAGCGAUGGAACUAAGGAUCCCAACGACAGUGACACUGACUCAGGUGGUCGGAAUAGCUGCCGCACCAUCAAGGACGUUCUUGAACAACGAGUCAUUCAGCCAUUUGCUGCAUCGAUCGAGAAUCCGUCUUAUGGUGCUGCCUACUCGGCCAUUUUAUUCGGACCACCAGGAGGUGCCAAGACCAGUCUCACCGAAGCAUUGGCACGCAAGAUGGGGUACGACUACGUUUGCAUCGACACGGCUGAUUUCUUGGCGGAUGGUUUGACCAAUGUGGCUGCCCGUAUCCGUUAUGUCUUCAAUCGACUCAUGGCCCUCCAGAAAUGUGUCAUUUUGUUUGACGAGAUUGAAGAAUUUGCCAUGGAUCGAAAACUUCCUAGCUUAUCCAUGGAAUCGCGCAUGUUGACGACCGCCAUGUUGACAGCAAUCAAUGAUUUGCGACGAAAGGAGCAGUCCAUUUUCUUCAUUGCAACCAAUCGCCUGGAUGCCUUUGAUUCGGCCAUUACAAGGCCUGGACGAAUCGACAUGACUCUCUUUGUCGGAACACCCAACUUGGAAAGUCGAGUGACUCAGUUUCGGCAGCAACUGGCCCGUGUCCGCCAUGUGCGAAGAUCAGAGACGAGUGCUGUAGACGACGCCACAGGAGACCGAGACGGAGGGGAACCUGAAGAUUCACUGAAAGAUGAUGACGUCAAGCCGAGGAAACGGAAGAGAAGGAAGCGAAAGGAGGAUGACGAAAAUCAGGCCAAAGACUCCCGCGAUGCUGACGAUGAUGAUGAUGCUGAUGCGAGCGAUGAAGAGUAUCAGGAUCCAUUGAUAGAGGAGUCGAUAUCCACCUUUCGUUUCUUUUUGCAAUCGGUCUGGUCCGAAGAUGCCAUGUUUAUGAAUUACUUGGAAGGUGUCCAGUUUGCAUCGGCCUGUGCCGACUUGGUGUCCUCUCAUCAACGGCCGCCUACAGUGCGCGAAAUGAAAAUGAUCCUGAGGCAACAAGCUGCUGUCAUGACCGUACGGGGUGCUGCCAGAGAGGAAUUCUUGACAUCCAUGGAAAUGUCACGCUUCUAA